AACAUUCGUGAUGGGACGUGCGGAAUUGCCCAUUUGGCAAGAAUUCACCGACAAGUACCGGGCGUCACACCGCCGCACCCCGCUGGUCCGAUGCAAGACGUGCGACGACGAGAUCUGUGCCUCCACGACGUCCCUAUACCAGCACAAGAACAACGUGUGUGGGAAGAAGCUGCCCCGCCGGUCGUCGUCGUCGUCGAUGGACCCCAACCUUGUUGGCCACCAUUCUCCUUCUUCUCCCGGCGACAAGGAGACCAUUGUGGUAUCAACACUCGUGUCCACGCCCGUGACGACGCCAGCUGAGGUCGCUGACUUGGUUCCUGCCGCCGCUUUAACGACGGCGACGCAGAGAGAGGAACACGAGAUGCAGGUUCCACGAACAGCGGGAGCAGUUCCAGACGUCGCACCGACAGUUCGCAAACGCAAGGAGAUUUGGGAAGAUUUUGGGGACAAGUACAAAGUUGAUGGCCGAAAGACCCUCGUGGUGGACUGCAAGAUGUGCGGCAAGGACGUGGCGGCGGCCACGACGUCGCUGUACCAGCACCAAGCGAUCUGCGCCAACAUCCAGGUGCCCAAGCAGCAAAAGCGUCCCAAGGCAUCUUCCCACGACGUCAAGCCGACGCCUCAUCCGCCUCCGCCGUCGUACCUUCCCGUCGAAGAACUGACUAAGAAAUUCCUCACCAUCCAAGACACAAUUCUGCAACUUCGCGCACAACUCGACGCCGCGCACGCCGACGAUGCGCCGGCGCUCCAGUCGGCGCUGGACCUGUAUCAAGCCAUGCGGGCGAACGUUCUGGACAAACUGAAUGCCGUCGCCCAGAACCACUGCAUCGUCUAACUCGUUCGUGAGCAACGGCGAUGGGCAUUUGAAUUGGGAUGUCCUACUACUUUACUAGUAUACAAGUCGUCUCCACCAUCGUCAGUCUACCUUGUGUAACGUUAAUGGGGUCACCGUCGUCGUCUAAGCUUCAUAUAUGAAGCGAUCGAACGCGGUUGCUCCAUUGGUCUAAG